AUGAUUCCGGGAGCUAUGCUGCCUUCUCAAGCGGAGGAGUAUGGUUUUACUGCAGGCGCGUUGUCCCCGCUGUCGUAUCUGCUGGAUCAACUCGGGACGGUUGUGGUGAUGCGAGAGGUGCUGCUGCUGGUGGUGCUGUUUGUCGGUGCUGCACUGCGUGUGCUGCUGCCUGAGGUUUUCGCGGCGGCAAAGGAGCGUUUUUGGCGUGGAUCGUGCGUUUAUGUGGAGCGGAGUGUUACGGUGCACCUCUCAACGCUUACGGUUGGUAUGAUUUCUAACCGUAAUGCUCUGUUGCAGAAUGCCAUCUUUUAUUUUCUCUACCAUAACUUUUGGCGAACUUCGCUGCCGAAGUCGGUGUGGGAGGAUAAGGUCUCGUUGCUGUUGUUGAUUGAUCCUUUGCGGAGUUCGUGGGAAGAGCGCUAUGAUUCUCCAUUUCGCAUGACUUUUUCUGAUGACUGCGAUGAUGUUUUUCGCGAGGAUGUGAACUGGCGUAGCCGCAAAGAGUUGGAGCGAUACGUGUUGGUGCGGGUGCCGACGGAUGGCUCGUGGGUCGCAGUCAGCGAGGACGGCGUUGAGUUGACGUAUGAUCGGAAGCGCGAGAACAAGGACGGUGUUGAGGGGGUGCGGCGCACCGUUCUCUUGCGAGCUUUAGGGGCCAGAGAUGCGGACGAACGGGUUAGGCGCUUUUUGGAUGCCGCGUUGGAGCACUACAUUCGCAUGCUGCCAACCGUCCUGAAUGACGGGCGAGUUCUUCUGCAGCUCCAGCGGCCCUCAGCCGACGGGGACGGCGAGGAUCAGAUGUACUUCAAGCGGUUUCCCCUUUCCCAGCACAAAACGUUCGACACCCUUUUUUUUCCAGAGAAGCGACAAGUCUUGAAGGUCUUGGAUGACUUUUUGGCGAGGAAGGGACGCUUUGCGACGGAGGGCUUCCCUGUGAAGCUUGGAUUUCUGCUGUACGGUCCCCCCGGCACGGGCAAGACGUCGUUUGUGAAGGCGCUCGCUGCGUACACACGACGUCACUUGGUUUCUGUCAAUUUGUCCUUUUUGGGGUCAAAUCAGGAACUGUGCGACAUCUUCCUCAGCCGUGAGUUUCGCUGCGUCGGGGAGUCCGAGCCCACGUACUUUGGCGCUGAGGACGUCGUCUUUCUCCUGGAUGACGUGGACGCGUCGAGCCCGCUGGUGCGUUCACGUGUGCGGAAAAGAUGUGUGCGGAAGUGUCGGGCAGCCACGCUGGAGGCCUCUGCCGAUGCCGCGGCAACUGCCUCCGCCGACGCAUCCGGCAACGAUGGAGAUAACGUCUUUGUUACCGUCGACCUCGACGACGAGGACAGCGCGGAGGACGGUAGGAGCAAAAGCACGGACGAAGUGAAAGAGGAUCAUGCUGGUGCUGGCUCAGCCUCUGGCCAGCACGCCCCUCUUGGUAACCGGCCGCUGCUUGAAGCGCUUGGUUCCCGCUCCCCCGCUGAUUCCUCCUCCGCCGCCGCCUUGGGGAGUAGGUCUCUCGAUAAAGAGAGGGCAGCCGAAAGUUCUUUGCUGAAGAUGUUGCAGUCGACCGAUGCGGCAAAUCUCUCGGGUUUGCUCAAUGUGCUUGAUGGCGCCGUCGACACCCCUGGCCGCAUUGUGGUCAUGGUCACAAGCCACCCUGAGAUGCUUGACCCGGCGCUGGUGAGACCUGGGCGUUUCAGCUUUAAACUGCGCCUCGACUACGUGCGGCUGCCCGCGUUGCUGGACAUGCUGGGAUUACACUUUGGGUCUACCCUUCUCGAUGAGGGCGACGAAGUAGAUGAGAAAACGACAGUAAGUUUGCUUGGGAGCGACACGUGUGUGAAGAAGCCGGUACCAUUACCCAGGCUUAGUGACGUUGAGGCGGAACAUGUGCGGCAGGUCAUCACCAUGCUUCAAGCGAAAAAUAGCCAUGGCGAGGGUGAUUCGGUGGGACUUACUAUCUCCCCCGCGGAGGUGGAGUCAUUGUGUACACUGUCUACCACAUUGGAUGAAUUUCUUGAGCUCUUAAAGUCGCGCUUCAACGGCGGUGAGAAGGGGACAAAAGAGUAG